CCGGCAGAGCGGGCGCGCACGUUGGGGGUCGCGCGGCUGCCGAGGAGGGCGAGCGCGCUCUGGGACGGAGUGGAGGCGUAGGGGGGCGGGGGCACGGCUCGCCUGCUCGCAAGAUGGCGGACGAGGACGGCGAAGGGAUUCACCCCUCGGCCCCUCACAGGAACGGAGGCGGCGGCGGCGGCGGGGGGUCUGGGCUCCACUGUGCCGGGAACGGCGGCGGGGGAGGCGGGGGCCCGCGGGUUGUGCGCAUAGUCAAGUCCGAGUCCGGCUACGGCUUCAACGUGCGGGGCCAAGUGAGCGAGGGCGGGCAGCUGCGGAGCAUCAACGGGGAGCUGUACGCGCCGCUGCAGCAUGUGAGCGCCGUGCUGCCCGGGGGGGCGGCCGAUCGCGCCGGGGUGCGCAAGGGGGACCGCAUCCUGGAGGUGAACGGCGUGAAUGUUGAAGGGGCGACACACAAGCAGGUGGUGGACCUGAUCCGAGCAGGCGAGAAGGAAUUGAUCUUGACAGUGUUGUCUGUGCCUCCUCACGAGGCAGAUAACCUAGACCCCAGUGACGACUCGCUGGGGCAGUCAUUCUAUGAUUACACAGAAAAGCAAGCAGUGCCCAUAUCGGUCCCCACAUACAAACAUGUGGAGCAGAAUGGUGAGAAGUUUGUGGUAUAUAAUGUUUACAUGGCAGGGAGGCAGCUGUGUUCUAAGCGGUACCGGGAGUUUGCUGUCCUACACCAGAACCUGAAGAGAGAGUUUGCCAACUUUACAUUUCCCCGACUUCCAGGAAAGUGGCCAUUCUCAUUAUCAGAACAACAAUUAGAUGCCCGACGUCGGGGUUUAGAAGAAUACCUAGAAAAAGUGUGUUCAAUACGAGUCAUCGGUGAAAGUGACAUCAUGCAGGAAUUCCUGUCAGAGUCAGAUGAGAACUACAAUGGUGUGUCUGAUGUAGAGCUGAGAGUAGCAUUGCCAGAUGGAACAACAGUUACAGUCAGGGUUAAAAAGAAUAGUACUACAGACCAAGUAUAUCAGGCCAUUGCAGCAAAGGUUGGCAUGGACAGCACAACGGUGAAUUACUUUGCCUUAUUUGAAGUGAUCAAUCAUUCCUUUGUACGUAAGCUGGCUCCUAAUGAAUUUCCUCAUAAACUCUACGUCCAGAAUUAUACAUCCGCUGUGCCAGGCACUUGCUUGACCAUUCGAAAGUGGCUUUUUACAACAGAGGAAGAAAUUCUCUUAAAUGACAACGACCUUGCUGUUACCUACUUCUUUCAUCAGGCUGUUGAUGAUGUAAAGAAAGGUUACAUCAAAGCAGAGGAAAAGUCUUACCAAUUGCAGAAGCUGUAUGAACAAAGGAAAAUGGUCAUGUACCUCAACAUGCUAAGGACUUGUGAAGGAUACAAUGAAAUCAUCUUCCCCCACUGUGCCUGUGACUCCAGGAGGAAGGGCCACGUUAUCACAGCCAUUAGCAUCACGCACUUUAAACUGCACGCCUGCACCGAGGAGGGCCUGCUAGAGAACCAGGUAAUAGCAUUUGAAUGGGAUGAGAUGCAGCGAUGGGACACAGAUGAAGAAGGGAUGGCCUUCUGUUUUGAGUAUGCACGAGGAGAGAAGAAACCCCGAUGGGUUAAAAUCUUCACACCAUAUUUCAAUUACAUGCAUGAAUGCUUCGAGAGAGUGUUCUGCGAGCUCAAGUGGAGAAAAGAGGAAUAUUAGUUAGAGACUGAUUAUCUCAUGUGAGCCAGGACAUUCUUCCAGCGAGGUUGGCCUCUGGAUGGUGAACGGGCUGUGCAAAAAAGCCCUGCUUCUUCCCUUGUCUAGAGGGUGGACACUGCUACAGGCUCCUCCAUCUCCCAUGGCUCCAUGGACCCUCCUCUGCCAGUUUUUAAAAUCAAAUCACCUUCCAUGUUGUUCCCGACCCACAAGGGCAGCUGUCCUCAGUUUAGUCAUCUGACUGGACAUGACAGAGUCUUUCUAGGCUAACCAGGAAUGUGUGUGUGGGGAAAGUCUUUCUACUGCUUUGUCCUGCUGUCUGUGUGUGCUGUGCUGGAGCAUGUUUGGGAGAUUUUGAAUAAUUAGCUAUUUACCCUCAAAGAAACUCUUUCAGAAGAUCAGGCAGUCAAGUCAGAAACAUGAAAAUUUAUAUUUUUAGUGUAGUAGAAAGAAUAUUGGUUCUGGGAAUUUUACCUAGUUUUCUCCUGGUUUUUACCCCCUCUGUGCAACUCUGGGUAAAGCAGCCUCCCUGGGUCUCAGCCUUCUCUUCUGUAAAACAGGGAGGCUGAUCCAGAUAAUUAAUAUGCGAAGUCCGUUCGGGCUCUGAAAGGCCAUGAUUCUAAUGGGAAGUUAUGUCAGGGGUCAAGGCCCGUCAGAGUGAGCCAUCCAGUUGUUCCUUUUUAGCUUUUGUUUGAGGGGUUGUCUCCAGAUGGGAGGAGAUGUGGCUUCCCAAUAACUCUUUUCUUUUCUUCAUUUCAGAACAUUUUCCAGAUGGCGAGGUCACAGCAGAGGGAUGUGGCCACCUAGCCUUUCCCUAUCCCCUUCCCUUCCCUUCCCCCUCAUCCCCUCAUCCUUUUCAUCUCCCAUGUCAGAGUAAUCAUUAACACAAAAGAAGAGAAAAAGAAAAAAGUCCUUAUAUUCAAAAGCCCUAAACUAAAUCUUAUUAAUAGCCCCUCUGCAUUUCACAUUUCUGGAAUUGAGCUGGGCAAGAAUAAAAUGGUCAGCUACAGAAGUCAGCUGAGUUGAGACAGGAAAGAAGUGAGCCCACCCGACUUGUUCUUUCACCUGGGCCUCAUACCAACAGACUCUCUCUCCUUGUACUAUAUUUUUAAAACUGGAACUAUGAACUUCAUCCAUUUGCACUGUUCAGACAUAUAUAUGUAUGUAUGUAAAAAAUUAUAUAUACACAAAUUAGCUGCACGUAUUAUAUACAUAUAUAUAUAUUUCUUUUUAAAUUUCAUAAUGAUGGCAGUACCUUUUUUAGCUUGUGUUUUUACACACCUUUCACUAGAAUUCAUGACCUCUCUCUUGCUCUCUUUAUUUUGAAACAAAUGUUAAAAAGAAAAAAAAAAACAUUUUAUAGGGAAAAUACCUCUCCUCCUGAAGGACUCGAAAAGUUUACAACCUGCUUGGGUUUCCCCCCCGCCUUUUUUGUAUUGAGUACAGAUUCCGGCUCAUGGGUUCCCAGAGAGUCUGAGGAACAAGAAGUAUAGUUUCUUAUCAUCCAAGAGGGUGCUGGGGAGGAGAAAGAGGUGUGUGUUUCUCAAGGGUAGCAUGGCUGUGGUUUUGCAGGGAGAGCCUAAAGACUUGGUGUGUCUCUUGAUUCCAGGAAAUUUUUCUGAUCCACCUCUGUCCCCCCUCGUGGCUUUCCGACCACAUUCUGCAUCUCCUUCCUGCUUCCCAAGGGCCCUUGUGUGCUUUCCCUCACCUGGCCCUGGCGGCGUUGAGGGUGGGCUCAGGAGGCUGAUGCCGCAGGAACUUGAAACUUUUCAUGGUAGUGAUUCACACUUCCUGCUUUUUCUGCAGCAGGGAUAGACCUAGGGACCAGAGUUAAAGCUGGUCCCUUAGGCACAAAGGUUGGACUUACGUAAAGGAGAGGGAGAGAGCAGUGUCCUGUGUACACGCAGGGUUUGCUGCUGUGCUUCUGACUGGCGACUGCCUGCAACCCUUAUGUUCUCUGUGGCGUCCUCACACAGCCGUCUGGGGAGGAAUCUGAUGAUGUUUUCAAGGCCUCAGGGAAACCGGGAGUGUGUUAGCAAUUUGUGCCAACUGAGGAGCCAGGAAGGAAUAGUAGAAAUGUGGUUGAUUUAGGUUGAUCUCCAACUUUUAAUUAAAAGGAUACUGAAAGAAAACCUUUUUGUCCCUCAGAGAGCUCCUCCCCUGACCUUGCAGUCAGACCCUUUGAAAUCUAAGCACUGCGACGUGCCAGGAGCAGAGGCAGGGCUGGCAGGGCAGGGCAUCCUCAGCCCCAGCUCUGUGGAGAAUGUGUGAGGAGCACCACGUCAGGCUUGGUGCAGCUGACACAUAUCAGGGAGCCUUUUCUCUUUCCCUUCUCUACCUGUUAAACACAAACCUUGUAGGGUGACAUCUUUUCUCUGCCUGACUGGGAGGCAGCCGUGACAGGCUGCAGGCAGCCCUACUGAGUAGUGUAGGGUAGUUUGAAGUUUUGUUUUUGUAACUUGUUUUUGCAGAUCAUUGUGAAGCCACUCUUCUUUCUCUCUGGCUCUGUUAUCCUGGCAGCCACUUGCUGGGGGUGUAGAGUCAAGUAAGAUAGCCUCCCUCCCCAUCCCUCCCCAGGUAUCAUUGCAGAGUGUAAGGCGUGAGCAUGAUGAAUUCAGAGCCAGAAAGUGGUGCCACAUUUGAGGCUUUGACACAGGAAACAGGAAUUAGCUCCUUUGAGGGGGGAGGGUGUUAAAUGAAUUUAAUAAUGAGCCCAAGGACCCUGAGAAGAAGAAAUGUUGAUUUCUUCCCACUCUAAGAUACUAAAGAUUUCGGCACCAGCUUUGUUCAAACUGUAAAAAUAGCAAUUUUUCCCUUCUCCCUCAUAGUGGGAGAGGAAUGAGCAAAUGUGGGAAUUCCUGAGAAAGCCCAAAGGCUGACCUUCGGGUACAAGACACGGGGAUGUGGAGUGAGUGAACUUGGAGUGGGUGGAUGGUGCUGGGUCCUUUCCUGGCAUAGCGUUUCACUUGGCACUUGGAGGUCAGGUGAGGGGCCCCAUAGGUAGUUGGCCUGUUGGAGGAAUCUAUUUUGGAACAGGCCCUUCUUGAGGCCGUCCCACCAACAAAACACUCAGCUACAGCAGGAGAUAGGGAUGGGGGUGACCCUAAAGGACAGCGCCUUCUCUUAUUCCACCUACAGUGGGCUUCCAGUGAAGGAGGCAGGAGUCACUGUGGCUGUGGAGGUCCGCAGGAUCGAGCCCUUCUUUGCAUGAAGCAGUGUUAGGUGUGACCCUACCCCCACCCCCUUCCUGUGUACUUCGUCUCUCUAAUCCUUCUUACUCCUUGGUCCUGGCUUCUGCCCAGGGAGGCUUUUAAAACCAGUCUUCUUUUGCAUUUUGUCUCUGGAAAAGGGGGGUUACCCCUGCUAUCACCUUCACCCCAGCAGAGCCAGUAGGACCCUCCUGAUCUCCCACUGACCUCCCUCCACAUUUGGUUUCUAUCCUCUGGGGCAAAAUCUCUGAGGUUUUUAUGGAUCAGGAGAAAAUACCCUGAAAAACUUGCCCCUGCAGCAAGUUCCCUCAGGCCACACUCUGGACUCUCUGCUUUGUAUAUUUUUGUUCUGCCCUCCCCUCAUCCUAGGUCUCAGCACAGGUACAGACAUGUAUGUGCUCAGAGCAGCUCCUCGGCCUGGACGGAGCUCUCAGGGAGGAUAGAGACAGACAGCCUGGCCCAUUUAGUUCCAUCUUUUAGUUACCCAGGCCAGUAGCUUUCAGUUAUUCCCUCUUACGACUCCAAAACCAAUACUUAGAGCAGCAAAACUGGGCACUGACAGGAGGCAACACCUCUCUCUCAUCUCAGAAUUUGCCACUGUAUAGUCUGGGCUCACAGGAGGCAGCGUUCCUAAAGGGGAUUGUGUCCUAGUUGGCCAGGAGGGACAUUGUGUCCUCCCUUCUCUCCGUCAUGCUGCCUGGCUGGAUUGAUUCAGCAGAAGCAACUAUUCUGUCUGUUGGACACCAGCAUUCUGCUGUCUCUUCACCAGCUUCAUUGUGUUCCAUUAGCUUCCUUUUGGAGGGAGGGUAUACAUAUGGUCGAAUACUCAGAGAGGGAGGGAUAGUAGAGGCAGUGGGUGUGCUUCUUAGCUGCCCAUCUUCCAAGCCUGCCUCUUGUCUUCCUCUUCCCCUGACCCUGAGCACCUUGGGUCAGGCCUUGCUUAUACCAGGGCAGCAUUUGCUUGCUCCUCAGCAAUGGUGGAGGGUGUGUGGGAAGCUUAGGGCUCCAGGAAGGCACAGAAUCGAAGCAGGGAGUGAUGUGUGUAUGGGGUGGGGACUAACUUUGGAUACCAGUUUUAUAUCGUGUCCCUCUUUUAAGCCGGUGAGCUGGGCUUCAGUUUUUCCCAGGCCAUGCACACUUUUAAUUUAUUUGAGAGAAACUCUAAUUGUAUUUUCACUGCAGUAUCUUGUAUUUUUUAUUUGUGAUUAAGAAAUGUGAAGAGAAAAUACACAGAAACAUAAUGGCUGACAGUGUUUCCUUCAUUCCUUGUUCCAGAGCUAACCACUCUAAAUUUGUUUGGUAAUGUCACUUAGUGUAAUUAAUUGUAACAUAUUCUUUUAAAUAAAUUGAUUUAUUGAUGAAACA